GUCCACCCAUCGCAAAUGCCAAAGACCUCUCUCUUUCCGCAUUUUUGCCGCCAGUAUGGUGAACCAUGGGCGUUCAACAGGGUGUGUCACUUGCAGAGAACGACGUGUCAAGUGUGAUGAGGCAAGACCGAAAUGCCAGGCGUGUCAGCGUCUCCGGCUUGAUUGUGGAGGCUACAAGACAAAUCUCAAAUUUAAAGACCAGAACCAUAAGUUUCGCACCCAAAGCGUUAUGGUCCGAGGCGCCACACAACAGGACCGGGCCUAUAGCCUGCACCCGCUGAGUGAACCCGACACAGCCGUACCGUUCUAUCUUCACCAUUAUGCCAGAAUGGGGCGUGACAUGAGCUCCGCGCGCGGGUUUUACGAGGUGCUCAUUCCAAUCUACUGCUCGCAGCGGCAGGAUUCCGCACUUUCUCUGGCCGUGUCGGCUGUUGCGUCCCAAGUACUGUCGAUUUGGCGACAUGACAACUCUCCUCUGCCGCAGAAGGCUUACGCCCAGGCUGUCCAGUGUCUUCGGCGUACAAUACAGGACCGCCGGGAAUGGGGUAACGCAGCAACCAUACUAGCGGUUUUAUCACUGCAGCUAUUUGAGAGUAUCAUUGCAAUCUACGGCCUUCGCCCAUCUACGCAGGUACACCAUAACGGGGCAGUGUCUUUCCUUCCAUUCAUCGGUACAGGCGAUAAGAACGAAAGCCCCAGUGCCUAUGUUCGCCAAUUUAUUCUUCAUAUAGAAAUAUGCUCAGCAAUACGUCAAGGAAGACGGUUGUCGAGUAUCGGAGAUGACAGCCUGUUUACCAUACUAGAUAACCCAAGUGCUGCACUUGAUGCCAUCGGAGUGUAUGUUGCUAGGCUACAGGCCAGGUAUUUGAAUCUUGGACUACAGAGUGGUCGUGCUACGUUGGCAUCGGAAUCUUUGAGCGAAUACAUUGCCGAGACAAGAGACGUCGAUCAACAGCUGCUUACUUGGGCACAAUGCGUGCCCGACCACUGGCGUGCAGUGAGACUUGCAGAUGGAUGGAACAUCGACUCAUCAAUUCCGGCUUAUCAAUCAACGUGUGAGAUCUACCCUUCCUCCCAAAUCGCAACCAUCUGGAACUUGUGGCGCCUUCAUCGACUUUUGAUUGUCAAGAUUAAACUCGGCUUGCUCGAGUGCGAUGGUAUGUCGAAGCCUGAGGAAUUGGCCGAGCUUCAAGACAUUCUGCAAGUGCUAGUCGAUGGUGUGUGUUAUAGUGUGCCCUUCUAUCUUGGCAAUCUAAGCAAGCCAUUAAGCAUUGCCGACUUUGCCGAUCCCACAGUUGUGCUCCCAAGCUCAUACUUACCGAGUCGCAACGGAAACUGGAACAAAGACCACCACCCUUUGGUGGUGGACGAGCACAGGCGCCACAUCAUCGCCCAAGGGCCAUGGCACAUUAUGAGUCCACUCAGCCGGCUAUUGACAUUGUGUUUCGAAGAGCAUGGUCCGAGAACCUUUUUAAGAGCGGGGCAGUACGAGUGGAUCCGCGAUCAGUUCCUGCGGGUUACAACACUGCUUCACAUCCCUCCAGUGGAGGCUGGGGCUCAUCACGGGCGCGGUUCCCGAUCGAAUUUUCCUGUCCCGAGAUCCUCAGAUACGAUGGCCGAGAACUUGGCAACCGGAGUUCGGAAGGGUGCAAUUUUUAUGAGUGGACCAUAGCAUCUCUUUUCUAACUCAACUAUGUUCUACGUGUUUCUAAGAUUAGAAUACUCACCUUUCCAGUUUACGAAUGUGUUGUCAUAUACUACCUUUAAACUAUCACCCAACCAGUGGCAAAGAGGCCGAAGAAAGUGCUGUUUUUGCGACGGUACCAAAUGUCACCAUUCGGAUGAUCAAGCGCUGGCAUCAUCGUAUCCCCACACUAAACCGAAUCGGGUGUAGAUUUUGCGACUGGGGUUGUCUAUUGGUGGAAGGCAAAAAUAAGGUGGGGCGGCUGGUUAAAGGUAU